AUGUCGCUCAGCAUAUCCUUUCGCCGGACGGGCUCAUCGCUGUCAUCCACUCUAAGCCGACCAAGUCCAAUUCCCUCGACGACAACAUAUAUCUGCAACCAAUGCCGGCACGCAACUCUCCUCCGCCGCCCCAAACGCCCUUAUACAUUCACUCAGCUCAUAACACUGUCAGACGGUAGCACAUACCUGCACCGCACUACCUCGCCGAUCCCUGUAUACCGCUCGACGCGCGACACGCGGAACUCAUUACUGUGGAAUCCGACCAGCAAGAAAUUGGUGAACAUGGAAGAAGACGAGGCUGGUCGACUAGCUGCGUUUCGGGCGAGGUUUGGAAGAAGCUAUGACGCUAAUUCCGGCAAUGUUGAAGACGAGUCUGCUGCUGUAGCGAAGGGGGACAAGAGCCAAACACAAGCUGAGAAAGACGCUGCUGCAAAGGCGAGAGCGCAGGCCGAGGCGGAGUUACAAGAGGAGGAAGAUAAUUUGCUGGAUUUGAUUAGCUCGUUUGGCCAGGAUCAGGCGUCGCAGGGGAAGAAGAAAUAG